GCCCCGCCGCAUUGUGGAGGGAGGGACCGCGGCCCGCAGCCGCCUCCGCCGCCGUGCGGGGCCGGGCGCUGUCCGAGGUGCUGAGCCGUGCGGUGACCGGGAAGCUGUCCGAGGUGCUGAGCCUUGCGGGGACUGGGUUGCUGUCCGAGGUGUGGAGCCGAGCGGGAACCGCGGAGCUGUCCGAGGUGCUGAUCUGCGCCGCGCUCGGGCGGCACCAUGGUGUUCGCUCCAGGUGAGAAGCCAGGGACAGAGCAAGACGAAGUUAAGCUGCAGAACGCCAGCAAGCAGAUUGUGCAGACUGCUAUCCUCCGAGCAGUGCAGCAAGUUUCCCAGGAGAGCCAGCAAAAGGAGAAGCGAACAAACAGCAGUACAAGCCUCCAGAUAGAAAGAGGAAAAUUAACCAAGAAGCAUGAAAAGAAGUAAAGGAGCGGAUUGGUUUUUUCAGUCCUCCAGUCUGCAGCGUUUUCAGCCUUCUCUUUAGUAUCAGCUGUAUUGCUAGUGCAAUGUUACUGUUGAAAAGCAAACCAAAGUAUAAUCACACCUAGAAGUAGGGUAAAGCUGCGAUAGUCCUCAGCUGAGAAAUAUUAAGUGCAUUAGAUUACUAACUCCAUGUUUAUGCAGUGCCUCUUAACAGAAACAAUAACCAUAGCUAUAAAAGUAGUUCCAAGCACAAGCUGUUAUGGUAUGGACUUACUCUCAAAAGCUUGUUGUCAGUGCACUUUCGUGUAAGUUCUGCGUGCAACGUUUAUGUCAGUUCAGCUGGACAGACUCUUCUUUGAGUUACUGGGUUCACUGAAGAAAUAAUUUCCUGUUGAGUGUAGCAGAAUACUUUCAGGCUGCCUUGAAGCGUGAAUUUGUACUUUGCUUUGAUUAAACACGGACUAUGUGAAAUGGUAGUAUAAAGUGGAUUUGCUAAGUUCCAUGAACCAAUUUCUUUUUUCAUCUUGGGGAAAAAAAAAAAGUAAUCCGGUAAGACUGCAGUAACUGUGAUCCAUGACUGGGAUUAUAGACCUAUGAUCUAUGUCUUUUUUUAAGGAAGUUAAAAGAAGUACUGAAGUUUUAGUCUACUUGUUUGAAAUACUUCUAUACUUCUGCAUAAGAAUCACUUGUGCCUCGACUAUUCCUUUUACUUUUCUUGUUACUGAAAGAAGAGCAACUGAUGUGUUGACAUGGAGUUCACCAGCUUUUCCUUCAGUUUUGCAAGUUUGCUGGGGAUCGAUUUACAGAAAGUGAAGGCUGGAGUGUCUUAAAAAGAAAGUGUUUGAAAUUAUUAAUAUCUUGAAGGGUGGAAAUAUACUGUGUCUGAAUGCUGUCAUGGUAGAUAUUUCUCACCUGCUGGGCAUAAAGUGACUUUAGAUAUUUGCAGUUGUUACAUAGAUUCACCUUAAAUAGCACUGCUUUAAGCUGGUAAUACAGAAUUUAUCCUUCAACUGCUCUAUAUAGCUGAAGAAAUCCAUGAUGUUUCUGAAAAUACUAAUUAAAUAAAUGUAGCUUUCACUUUUAUGCUCCCUUACAAUAAUAAUGAUUGCACUGUUAUACAUCUGAAAUUAAUAACAGUAUAUUUAAUUCUAGAAAUGGCUUGUAGCUCUGAUUCAGCUGAAUUCUUGUAGUAAUACACCUAGAAAUAUAGAGAAUCAGAUGCACAGGAUCUGCAAAGGAGACAAACUUCUGUAAUUGCUUUUCGACUCAGUUAGAUGAUUCUCAAAAAAACCUUUUGGUUUAAGUAAUUGGUUAUUACUUACUGUGUCCUACUGCUUGUGUUAAACAAUUUCAGCAUUCUUUCUCAUGGCCAGAGGCUUAGUCAUGAAUAGCCACAUACUGUAAAUAUUAAGCCCGUGAACCCUGCUUGGUUCCUUUUCUUUUUUUUUUUUUUUAAUUUAACAGCACUGACUCAUACCAGAUAACGAUUUAGCUCAAUUUUCUUUCACUUAAAAAUGCAAAGAAGAAUUUGACACGAUUAAAGUUGUUCUAAAUCCUCUAAUAAUGAAAACUGACUUGGACUGCAAGUACACAGUUUGUUCACUUCUAUAGACACUGGGUGAAUUUUCCCAGCCCAGCAAACUUUGAAAGUUGGAAGUAGUUGAGUCCUGACACAUGUGCGUGUUUGUCGUAAGAGUCAUUUUUUUAACAUUAGUGUUUUCAUAAAUUGACCUUUGGUUGAGAGGUAGCUCUUUUCUAAGCACUGUUUGGAUCUUUGCUUUCUGAGAGCCUAAGAAAACUGAUAAUGAGUAAAGGUUCAAUUCUGAGGCUGAUGGACAGGCAAGUCUAGUGGAUGAGGCAGAGGAAGCCUGUGGGAGAGACUCUGUGUUGCAAAAUGGUGUUUGCCAUGGACUUACAUAUGGUGCUGUAGGAAGGAGAGCUAUAGGACAGCAAAAUCCCCAUUUCUUUGGGAUUAUUCUACUUUUUUUACUUUUACUUUUUACUUUAAAAGACGUAUUUGUGAUAUGUCUUUUUUUUUCUAUGUUCCUGGUAAUUAUUUUAAUAAUCUUCCUGUAAUUUGGAAACUUGUUUACAUGUCCAUUUUUUUAAAAAUCACUGUGUUAGAAAAAUAGGAAUUUCAAAAGCCAGUGGAUCCAGGCAUUUGCCACUGCUUCACAUGAGCCUGUUCCACUCCUCCUCCCACUGUGCUCUUCUCCAAUAUUCCUUUACUGCCCUAGCCCUUUUAGACACACUGUUACUCAACCAUUAAACCAUGCCCAUCUUUUUCUGUGCUGUCUGAAGUCUAAUGUCUUGGAAAGAUAAAAAUGGUAGGAAGCCUAACAGAGCCUUAAGGAAGUCUUCUUUGGUCUCCUAUUGAGGAAAAACAAAUACUGUAGCAUCAAAAGCGUAGUUUUCCCUGAAAGCCAAAUAACACGUCUCCUGUCUAUAGCAUAUAUCCCUAAAUUAAGGCAUGCAUUUAGUGUCUCCUAUUGACAAAGGGUGUUCUGCACACCACUUGCAUACGGGAUAUGUAGUUGAGAUCCGUACCGCGUGUGAGAGAACUGCACAAAAGAGAACUUUACCCUUGGCUUGUUAUAUGCUUACUACAUGGUGAAAGCGGGUAUUUUUGGUAUCUUCACUGACAGAUUAUAUUUUCUGGAGAAAAUACAGACUAUAGAAAUUAUUACAGAUGUGAUGCAGGUCUGAUUACAAAUAAAGAAACUCCUAAAGAAAGUCUUAAUACCUUA